AUGUUUAACAUUGUUGUUGAAAUUGCCAUAUGUGCCAUUUUGGGAAUUGGUAUAAUAGUAGUGUUAAUAUUAUGUAACAGAAACAUUUAUAGAGCUUAUCAAAGAAAUUCAAAUAGUGAUGAACGAGAAAAAAUUGAAUUUUUAUCAACAUCGACGAAUGAAGACUUUUUGAUACAGAAUGCACUCAUUACAUAUUAUGAACAACAACGUAAUGAGUUGAUAGAACGACAGAAAAUGAUUUUGGAUGAUUCAAAGUUCGAUACAAUUGUUCUGAAAAAUAAUUAUUCACAUUAUACAGCAAUAUCUUCACAAACUCAUACUCCACAAUCUCUCUACGAAUAUAGCGGUUUUGCUUCUUUAGAUAAUCUUGAAAUAUCAAAUCCACUGUUUUCAACGGACACAUACUGUGAUAAUGAUCAGUUGUCGCUCACCAUACCAUUGAUAACACCAUAG